GUUUCAGUCGUUUUUCUUAUUUUCAAAAAACAGUUGUUUCUUGUUUUUCUCGAAUUUCAUUUAUUUAUUAUUCUUAUUUUAAGAGAACAGAAGCUACUACUCAUCCAGAGUCCAUACUAGAUUCUUGUAGCGAGGUAACAAAUUUCAGAUUUUGAACACAAAAAUCAGUGUCUCAAACUCGAUCAGACUUCAAAAACAUACUCAAAAUCAACUAUUUGACUCUUUCAUUUGCUUCUAAUUGAGAUGGGAAGGUCUCUAAUUUCCUUCUCAAACAUUCCUCUGAAAUUUUCUUACAUACCCAGAUCAUUUCCACCUCUCAAUCACUCAAACCAGUGCCUAUUUCUCAAACCCAGUAACAAUUUCUCAUCUGUGUAUAAAAAAGUUUCGACUUUGAGUACAAAACUGGGGAGAAAAGUUUCUACAACGGCUGUGUUGUCUGAGACUUCUUAUCAGAAAGACUACCCUAAAAUUGGUGCUAAAUCCACCGGACCUAUUCCUCCUAGCCAGCUCAUUCAAGUUGUUGAGACUGCUGCUAAAACUGGUUCUGAGGUUGUGAUGGAUGCUGUGAAUAGGCCUCGUAAUAUUACAUAUAAAGGGCUCACUGACUUGGUGACUGACACAGAUAAAAAUAGUGAGGCGGCUAUAUUAGAAGUUGUGAAAAAGAAUUUUGGAGAACACCUCAUUCUUGGAGAAGAGGGUGGAAUCAUCGGAGACACAACAUCUGAUUAUCUCUGGUGUAUUGAUCCUUUAGAAGCUGUUAUAAUUUACCACUUCUUUGCAAGUACCGAUGUACUGCAGCAAUUCUUGACCCUAGGGGUAAUGGCUCGGGUCAACCAAAUGGAUGGAACAACAAACUUUGCACAUGGUUAUCCUAGCUUUGCUGUUUCUGUUGGAGUUCUAUUUCAAGGAAAUCCUGCUGCUGCUGCUGUGGUAGAGUUUGUGGGUGGCCCUAUGUGUUGGAAUACCCGUCUAUUUUCUGCAACUGCUGGUGGAGGAUCAUUCUGUAAUGGUCAAAAAAUUUACGUCAGUCAAACCGAUCAGGUGGAGCGGUCUCUUCUAGUGACUGGCUUUGGAUAUGAGCACGAUGAUGCAUGGGCAACUAAUAUAGAAUUAUUCAAGGAAUUUACUGAUGUCAGCCGGGGUGUGAGAAGACUUGGAGCUGCUGCUGUGGACAUGUGCCAUGUAGCUCUUGGGAUUGUAGAAAGCUAUUGGGAAUAUCGUCUAAAGCCAUGGGAUAUGGCUGCAGGUGUUUUGGAGGCGUCAAUCUGGGAGUCUCCCUCUUUCAGAAUGGCAUGGAGGUUGUGUGGGGGCUGAACUUGAGCUGAAGCCAUCUCCUGAUCACUUUUCUCUUCAAAAUUCCAAGUAAAUCUUACUGAUGAUGUUCGUUUGCCAUGCAGACCUUGAAUUUAUAGGCUGAGAUGAUCAAAAUAAUUACAUUUUUCCUUUUUUUUUUUUUCGUGAGAAUCUGUUCGCUUUACUUUUCAAAAGGAUAAUUGAGAUUCUCUUAUCUCCUACCUCCAGAUAACAUAACCUAUGCACCGUCCAAUAUUGCCUCUGUACACUGUUGAGAAUUUUUCAAUAAAAAAAUUAAACUUGACUUCUCGUCUUCA